GUGCUUUGGUGCUGCCUGUCAACAGUCUGAUGUUUGAACGUGGUGGGACAACAUCCGGCUCCGCAAAACUCAUUAUUUUCCGGCGACAGCGGAUACUGGCGACAACUCAAACGUCUAAACAGUGACUGGAUCACCAGUCUGUUGAAGUGAGCUUCAAUGGAACUAGGAAAAGUGAAUGGCGGGUAUGAUAUCCAAGUAGAAAUAAACCUCCCGGAGGACCCGCAAGAAUCGAAUUACGGCACAUUACAAAUUUCACAGUUGAAGGCUCGAGAAGAAAGCGUCAAUGGAAGUCUUUCAAAAAAGAAACGAAGGAAAUCCAAGACAUCCCCGACAGAACCCGAAGAAGGAACAGAAGAGGUGAAUCCGUCAUGUUCGUUCCUCGGCAACGCACUGGAAAAAUUCUGGGCUCACUUGAGCGACUUUGCUGUUCAAAGAAAGUCGUUGGUUCGCUGGCUUGUCUAUAUUAUCCUAGCCCUUCUUUACAACGCCUAUUUCAUAGCCAGCAUUUACUAUUCAAUUCAUAAUGGCAUCCCGAUGGAUUGGUGCAACGGUGUCGGCUUGCUCAUCAUUAUUACUGUCAUCACCUACGUCAGCCUUUUCUACUUCCAAGUUGUGAAAAAGUUUUGGGGGAAAUCCAUUGAUCGAGCCGUUUUAAAACCAAUCAGGGCGCAUUUUGAUCGCGUUUGGAAAUUCCGAUUGGUCCAGUAUGGUGUUUACUUGGUGAUUGUCGCUGCCUUGAUCACAUUCCUUGUUAUCGAUACAAAGGACGAACGAUAUCGACUCGUCUCUUUCUUUGGUUUACUUGUUUUCGUGCUUCUCGGUUGGAUUUUUUCCAAGCAUCCGUCCAAAGUCAAGUGGAGUCAUGUAACCUGGGGUGUGGGACUUCAGUUUAUUUUCGGAUUAAUCGUCUUGCGAUGGGAAUUGGGUCGCCAGGUUAUCCAGUGCCUCGGCGACAAAAUCACCAAAUUCCUCGAUUAUUCCAACGAAGGAUCGGGCUUCGUUUAUGGCUAUUUGGUUACCGAUAAAAACAUGGCAGGAAUCGUUCUCGGAUCUGUUUUUGCCUUCAAGAUACUUUCAGUCAUCUUCUUCUUCAGCUUCUUCGUUAGCAUCCUUUACUACUAUGGCAUUAUGCAGUGGGUCGUCCAGAAAAUCGGAUGGCUGUUGCAAAUAUCCAUCGGUACCACGGCCGCCGAGUCUAUGAAUGCAGCUGGGAAUAUCUUUUUAGGCCAAACCGAGGCCCCUUUGUUAAUUAGACCCCUUCUUCCUAAAAUGACCAAGUCUGAGCUUCACGCCGUAAUGACGGGUGGAUUCGCCACCAUAGCAGGCGGAGUUCUGGCAGCAUUCAUCAGUUUUGGUAUCAGUGCAUCCCAUUUGUUAUCGGCAUCCGUCAUGUCUGCACCGGCCGCUCUAGCCUUUUCCAAACUCUUUUAUCCGGAAUCGGAGAAAUCACAAACUAAAGCUGGAGACGUGAAAAUUCCUAAAGGGACGGAAUCCAACGCUCUCGAUGCAGCCGCCCAAGGAGCAGCUAAUGCCGUCUUUUUGGUACUGAAUAUCAUCGCCAAUUUAAUCGCCUUUUUAGCUUUCAUCGCCUUCCUCAAUGGAAUCAUCUCCUGGUUUGGUGGUCUUCUAGGAGCUCCAUACGUCACGUUUGAAUACAUCAUGGGCAAGAUAUUCAUCCCUGUUGCUUGGUUGAUGGGCGUGCCCGCAGCCGAGUGUGAUCUAGUGGCCAAUCUUGUGGCUCUCAAGACUAUCGUCAAUGAGUUUGCAGCUUACAGCAAGCUAUCGGAAUACGUGGCACAAGGAAUCAUUUCGAAACGAGCUGAAACCAUCGCUACCUACGCUCUUUGUGGCUUCUCCAAUCCCGGGUCGAUUGGUACCCAGAUAGCCGCUCUUUCCACCAUGGCACCCGAACGGCAGAGCGACUUGGCCCAGGUGGCCUUUCGAGCAUUUGUAGCGGGCAGUGCAGCCUGCUUUAUGACUGCGUGUAUCGCAGGCACUCUAAUAUCAUCCGUCUCUGACACACCAAUAUCCACUACCUUUGCACCUUCAACUUUUUCUUUCACUCCCAAUAUGACAGCCGUGUUCUAAAGUUGUUGUUUGUUUUUUUUUUAAUUCCUAUCAUAGUUUUAACGUUUUCAACGACAGCAUUGUUUAAAUUAUGUGUCAUCAUCUAUCGCAUCAUCAUAAUAUUAGUUAUCCUUUCGUGCGGGACUAUAAUAGAACUGUAUUUUCCGAAACCAAUCAGAGAUUUGUGCCGUCAAACACAUAAAGUUCAUUUAAAAAAAAAGAACAAAAUUAAAAUGGGCAAUUUCGUGCAAUGGAGUAUGAAUUCAAAAUGAAUCCAUAGGGUCUUAUGUAUCCUGGGACUCGAUUUUCAGUUAGUUAGUUGUUUUCUUGGUUUAAAAUAAACAGCACUGUUUAUUUCCAAAGAGAUUUGCGCGGCAAGUCUUGUAGAUAAGAUUGCUGGAACAGUCGGUGCUGUUGGUGCAUGAAGCUGCGGAUCAUUAAAAAACAAAUUGUAUUAUGUAAUUGAUAAAUAAGAUUUAGGCACGCUCCCGUAGUAAACUGUUAAAGCUUACAAAAUGGUUUGCAGAAAGUCUGGUCAGUUUCUUCACCCUCUUCAGCAGUGGGCAGAGAGUUGGUGUAGACGAUGGCCAUCAUAGCCAAGAGAACGGCGAAGAG